AUGUCUAAUGAAAUUAAAAUACACAAAUAUUUCGACCAAGAUCCCGCGAAGUGGUGCAUUCUCGGGUUUCUAAAUGAAUGUGAACUAGAACCUUUUGAAAUGAAAAUAGAUUAUUACAUAAAAUGGCUCAAAAAAAUUGUUGACUGUGAGCAAGACAUCAAGAAGAAAUGCGCUCAGGCGCUACUUGACAAAUAUCAAAAGGCGCUCAUUCAAGGCUCUUUGCCGAGCCACGAAACUGGUGUUGGCGCACCAGUUACCUCACUUGAGUUAUCUGAUGCCAAAGGCUCCUUGCCGAUCCAACAUCGGACCCACUGGGCACAGGUGACCUCCUGGGAUCCAAAACCAGACCGCAAAAAAGCAAGAGAGUGGAAGGAGAAGCGCUUGCAUGGUAAAACUUAUAUCCACCAGCAAAUUGUCGGAAACGGAAAUGUAGUUGCUUUUAAUAGUAAUAUCAACAGCGGAACUUUCACUGGAUUAUCAACAAGAGAGUUCAAUUAUGAUUUUAUGCCUAUGCCUACCCGUCAACCAAAGCGGAAGAAAUUAUUGUUGUCAAAGAAUAAAAAAUCGAAUGUCUCAGUUAAAAAAUCUAAAACCACCGACAGGAACAUAGAUGACGAUAUUGAUUAUCCAUUAAUCAGCGAUAAUAGAGUCAUUAAUUUAGCCGAGAGUACGGAUUUAUCGAAAGAUAAUUCUUCAUCAUCAAGUUCCAUGCGAGGUUCCGUUUCCUUCGAUGUCACCUUUGAUAACCAAUCACAAGAUCUUAAUAUUAGCAUAAUACCUGGUUCAGAGACUGAAUCCAUUAAUGUAUUUAAGAGUAUAAGCAGUGAAGCAAAGGAUCAUGAGUCCGAUGACGAUUUCAUGCCUAUCCAACCAAAACAGAAAAUAAUUUUAUCUUUACCAAAGAAGGCUGAUGAUGAUAAAGAUCCUAAGUCAACUGGUAGCAGUUCAAAACAGUGUAGUAAGUCAUCUGAAAAAGCAGAAAAGUUCGACAUAUCCGAAAAAUUGAAUAUCAGGAUGAAUCGGUCGAAAAAACAAAUAGGCAGAAGGAAAAUAACAAUAUUAAACGAGUGGACCAUUGAUGACACGAACAUAAGUGAAGCAUUUUUUCGUUUCAAAAGUUUUGCUGAAUCAAAAGCAGAUAGACAUGCGUUGAAAUUCUCCGAGCACCCCGGCGAAAUUCUCGCUCUAAAUUCUAUACUACUUUUGGAGGAAAACUCUGUCCGUGUACAAUUAAAUAUUUCAUCAGCCAUCCGCACAAAAAUUUUUGAGCAAAUGAGGACGAUAUACCCGAAAUACGAUUUACCGAAAGUAGUUGAAGAUAUAUGUCAUCGAUGUGCUCAAGUUGCCCGAAAGCAGACCAGGGAUGCUCUAGAAGAAGAAAUCGACAACGCUUAUAAUGAUUUAAGGUCGAACUCGAGUCCAUCCGAUAAAAAAUUGCUGAGAAUCGGUCGGAAUGUUUGGAAUCACAUUGCAAAUAAUUGGCGAACAAGUUUUGAUAGUCUUCAAACAAUAGAAGAUACACACGUACAUCAUUCAAUACAUCCUCUUUUAUGUCCAUUUUUCCCCGACAGACCGGAUAGGACAAUUGAUUGGGCAAACAAGUUGUCAUUCGUAAGCGCAUCUAGGAAAAAAAAUGUCGAAGGUGAAGGACAUAAACCCGACUUCACAAUCACAAUCAAUAAAAUAAGUGGCAAAUUUGAAGUUGUAUUUGGCCUAUUCAAAUCGCCUUACAAAAGUAGCACCCAUUUCGUAAAUGUUGAUUUAGUGGAUCUAGGAGUAUUAAUGAAAGACUCACUAGAUAACAUGUAUAACGAGAAAUGUCUUGAAUUAGACAUGGCUGUAUUUGGAAUCCAUGUAUUUGGUUAUAAUGUCCGUAUAUAUGUUAUGGACCUUUCGUAUGAUGCUGUAUACAGAAUGUAUUUGAUGGGAGAGUUUGAGAUGCCAAAAAGUAAUAUUAGCUUGUGUUUGGUUGAAAAUGCAUUACAUGAAGUAGAAAAUCUGAUGUUUCAGAAUUUCGUAGAAGAAUAUAUUGAAAAGCUUCCGUCCUAUACCACUUAUAAUGAAAACAUAAAAAUCCCAACCAAAAAGAUGAGAAUGACAAGGAAAACGGCAGCAACUCUUCGCAAGGUUGAG